AUGCCUUUUAAAAUGAGUACCAAGAUAAAAGCUGCCAAGACCUCGUGCACCAAAAUAAAGAACCCUUGCAAAUUCUGCCUUCAACAAGUAACCAAUAGAAAUGGGUUACAGUGUCAAGGAGCUUGCAAAAAAUGGGCUCACUAUAAAUGUCUCAACUAUACACCGGGAAAAAUAUCCGAUAUCAAAGCUGGCAUAAUUAAGGUGACAUGCCCGUGCCCGGAUUGCGAAACGACUCAAGCCAAAGAGUACUUGGUAAAACCACCUUACACGUGUUCGAAUACAAACUGUCCAGCGAACAGGGGGCCAAAAUGUGUCUCAGAGGAUUGCCCGUUGAACCCCAAAAAGAAGCCAGAUACCUCAUGUGCUAAUAAGAGCUGUUCCAAAGAGCCAGUAAAUUGUCCAGCUGUUGAGUGCCCACAAUCUACAACUCAAGUUCAAAAACGGUCUCAUCCCCGAUUGCUACCUCCGCGCCCUCCAACACCCCCUCGGAGUGCUUCGAAAAAGUCUCCAUCAUCUUCGCCGUGCCGCUCACCGAGAUUACCAAAGCCAUGCACAGAAAGCCCCCCUGCGUCAGCGAAAAAACUGCCUGCUCCUAAACCUAGGGCUGACAGACACAAAGUGAAGAAGAAACCGGCAGUUUUAUCCCCAUCUUGUUCACUACUAUCAUCCACUUCAAAUACUAAAUGCUCCCGCCCUAAAUGUUCGUCAUCGGACUCCAAUUUGAGUCGAAAGGAUCAGCAGGCGAUGGUGCACGCAGUGCAAGAGAUGUGCAACACCGUUGGCAAGCUUUCAGUGCAAUUGAAAGAACUUAUGUGUAAAAUGAUGCAAAAUUGA